AUGAAGGCUGAGAAACUCCGCGCGAAGGCACUGCAACACUUGAAGCGUGAGGCUAGGAAGGGAGAGGCUGAUAGACAUGUAUACGACUUGAAACCCAAGCAUUUGUUCAGCGGAAAGCGGAAGAUGGGGAAAACGGACCGAAGAUAA